CCCAAGGCUGCACAUGCAAGAUGUAGCUGGCAGGUACAGUAUGUCUCCAAAUUUGGGCAAGCUGAUCAAACAUCACCUUGCAAAACACAAACCAACCUCCCAGGGCAUGCCUUUGAAAAAAGUAGUUAAUGGUAAGUAGCUUUUCCCCAUCCUUAGCUUGUUUAACCACUGUGUGCUGUUUAUUGCAGGAGUGAUUCGUGAGAGUUACCUGAAGGGUCAUGAUCAGCUGGUGCCAGUCACCCUCUUGGCCAUUGCUGUUAUUCUUGCUUUCGUCAUGGGGGCCAUCUUUUCGGGAAUCAUUGUGUACUGCAUCUGCGACCAUCGCCACAGAAACGUGGCUGUUGUGCAGAGGAAGGAGAAGGAGCUGACCCACUCCCGCCGUGGCUCCAUGAGCAGUGUUACCAAGCUCAAUGGCCUCUUUGAGGAUGCUCAGUCCAAGGAGCCAAAGCCUGAAGCAAUCCUCACGCCUCUGAUGCACAAUGGCAAGCUGGCUACCCCAGGCAGCACUGCCAAAAUGCUAAUCAAAGCUGACCAACACCAUCUGGACCUGGCCGCCCUGCCAACCCCUGAGUCCACCCCAACCCUGCAACAGAAGAGAAAGCCCAGCCGUGGCAGCAGGGAAUGGGAGAGAAACCAGAACCUCAUCAACGCCUGUACAAAAGAUAUCCCCCCGAUGGCCUCGCCUGUGAUCCCAACUGAUCUGCCACUCAGGGCUUCUCCUAGCCACAUUCCCAGCGUUGUGGUUCUGCCCAUAGCCCAGCAAGGCUACCAGCACGAGUACGUUGACCAGCCAAAAAUGAGUGAUGCGGCUCAGAUGUCCGUGGAGGACCAGAAUGCCACCCUUGAGUACAAAACUAUCAAGGACCAUCUCGGUAGCAAAAGCCCCAGCCAUGGGGUUAACCUGGUGGAAAAUCUUGACAGCAUGCCACCAAAAGUACCCCAGCGGGAAGCUUCCCUUGGGCCUCCAAGCGCCUCGCUGUCACAGAGCAGCCUGAGCAAGCGGCUGGAGAUGCACUCUUCUGCUUUCAACGUGGACUACAAGAGAAGCUACCCUACAAACUCACUCACAAGAAGUCACCAGACAUCGACCCUCAAAAGAAACACCACCAACUCCUCCAAUUCGUCCCACCUCUCCCUCAAUCAGAGCUUUGGCCAGGGUGACAACCCACCACCGGCCCCACAGCGAGUGGACUCCAUACAAGUCCACAUGGCUCAGGCGCAGGCUGUGACUGUAUCUCGGCAGCCGAGUCUCACCACCUACAACUCGCUGACGAGGUCAGGGCUGAAACGCACACCCUCACUAAAGCCAGACGUACCUCCCAAACCUUCCUUUGCUCCACUCUCCACAUCCAUGAAGCCCAACGAUGCAUGUACAUAA